AUGGUUGACGGGGCGAGUGCGACACACCACGACAGCCCUGUUGGUACCUGUUUGGGUUGGUGGAUGUGGUCUGCGGUGGGUGCGUGUCCGCACAGCCGGCACCGCGUGCGGCGCAUGGCCAUUGCGGCUGUGCGUGUGGCGCUGCUUUUUGUGUUGGCGCUGGUUGCGGCGGCGGCGUGGAUGCCCGCGGUGCAUGCGGUGGUGUUGCGACUGCGGGGCGGCACGGUGGACAGAGCCAUCACGGUUGGCCGCGCCGUGGACACGCUGCUGAUGGACGGUUUGUCUGUCACGAACGGUGUGGCUGUGGUUUUCGACGUGCCGGCGAUGCUUCCCGGCGCGCUGCGCAUCGAACUGAGGAACUGCGUGUGCGACGGCGGUGCGCAGAUCUACGUGCGGGGCUACAGCGGUGAGCCGGCGAGUGACCGGAGCCUGGAGGUGGGCGUGAGCGGGCUGUCCGGGAGCUACUGCUCGCUUGUGCUUAUGCACAACCUGCCGGCACACACGAACGUGACGGUCCGCGACUCGACGAUUGUGACGGCGGGGCCGAUGCGCUACUCGCAGCUGAGCGGGCUGACGGACGCGGUGGCGUCGCCGCUUGUGCUGCACGCGACGUCGCUGUUGCAGUCGCAGCUGCGUGUGAGCAACACCGUGCUGAGGUCGUCGCAGGCGGGCGGGUCGGCGGUGUACGUUGGCGGCGGUGUGAACCUGCUGUCGAGCGCGGUGGUGUUUGACGGCGUGUCGCUGGAGGCGUCGGGCGGGGCGACCGCGUCCGCGAUGCAUGUGGCGUCCUCGUCGAUUCUCAGUCUGCGGAGCCACUCGGUGUUCUCCGUGACGAACGUGUCGGUUGUGAGCAGCGGCGGCGGCCUUGUGCUUGGAGAGCGUGUUACUGUGUCUGACUCGGUGCUGCGCCUCGUGGGCGUUGAGGGGUCUGUUGCGUCGUCGCUGGUGCGCUGCGACGGUGGGACUGUCGGUGCCGGCGGGUGGCUGGACAUGCACGACGUGUGGGCGGUGGGCGAGGCGUCGUUGGUGGCGUCGCUGUCGGGGGUGACGCUGAGCGGCGGCACCGUGUCGAUUGCGCGCUGCGCUGCCACUGGCGCUACGCUUGUCUCCGGGCUGGCGAUCACGAGCGGGGCCGUGUCGGUGCAGUGCAACCGUGCGGGCGGCCGGGUGCUGCAGAGCAGCGGCGACUACCGCAUGGCCGGCCUGCCCUCCGUGAGCGUGGUGCCGUGCGAUGGCUGUGCAGCCGCGCUGGCGUGCUUUGAUGCGCUGACGGCUUCGUUCUCGGACUGCGUGUGCAGCUGCCGUGCCGGCGGCAUGGGCGAGGCAUGCCUGCCGUUCAACGUGCCGCCUGCGAGGGCCGGCGGUGGUGGCGGCGCGGAGGGCUGCGUGAGUGGCGUGAUGCUGACGGAGUCCGUGACGGUUGGCGGCGGGCGGGCGACGGCGUGCUUCGACUCGGUGGUGUUCAGCGGGCCGAUCACUGUGACGGUGGACCUGCGCUCGAUGGACGUGUUCGCUGACGCGCUGAACGUGACGCUGCGCCACUGCGUGCUUGCGGGCGGCGCGCAGCUGCGGAUUGGUGGUCUCAGCGAGAGCACGGCACGCCCGAUGCCGCACGCCCUCGUGAACAUGACGAAUGUGACGUCGCUGGAGGGCACGAUCGUGCUGCAUGGCGCGAUGCCGCUGAACUCGAGUGUGCUGCUGGCGAACUCAAAGCUGCGCGCGACGGUUGGCGGGUCGCAGUACGUGCCGACGACCCGUGGACACGAGGGAUCCCGGUACGGCACCGCGCUUGUCCUGGACGGCGUCCGGCUUCUGUCGACGCGGUUUGUCAUGACGCGGUCGACGCUGGUGUGUGGCGGGGAAUUGUGCGCUGCGAUCCUCUUGGAGCGCGGCUUUGUUGUGAACCUGUCCAGCGUCUUCUACAUGGACAACUGCGCAGUGAGUUCGCGGGCACAUGUGAUGUACGCUCUUGCGUCGGACCUGCGUGCCAGCGGCGGCUCCGUGUUCUCCAUACAGAACAGCUCGUGGAUUGCGCCGAGCACCGAAUAUUACAAGGGCGCGUGUAUGUUCAAGGAAGUUGCGGUGGAUGGCGGCAGCGUGCUGCAGAUUGUGUCCAGCACGUUUCGUCUUGGCUUCGCCAUGCUCAUUGCAAACAUGCUGACCGUGACUGACGGCAGCUGGCUGGUGCACCGCAACAGCGAGUUCCACACUGCCUACGUUGUGUACGUGGCCAACGAGAACGGCGUGGUGUUUUGCGAUCGGAGUGUGUGGCCGAUACUUGACAACAGUUUUACGUACGGCUCUUAUUCUUCCACUGCGUACAUGACAAGCAUCUGGUCACUGUCAUUCGACGCGCGCCCGAUCAUCUACGGCAUGUGCAACGAGCUAAGGGGCUCUGUCGUGACGAAUUACAGAGAAGAUCUCUACAUUAGAAUACCCGUGAGGGUGUUGGACUGUGGCGCGUGCACCGUGGACGCCGUGUGCUUUGCUGCGAGGACGAGCAGCAUCAGCGGCUGUGAGUGCGUGUGCGCUGCUGGCGGCUACGGUGGCACGUGUCUGCCAGCUGCGGUUCCGGACGGCCUUGGGCCGCUCCCGCUCCCCGAUGCGAAGGACACGGAGGUCCGCUGCGUGCACGGUGGCAGCAUCAGCUCCGUGGACGAUCCUGAUCCCGGUGUGCGUGGUCUGUGCUUUGUCAACGUGACCUUCACCUCUGCGAUCGUGCUGGACCUGUCGCUUUUUGAGGCUCCACAACAGACACUCAACAUCACGCUGCUGCAGUGCGUCCUCAUUGGCCUGUCGAUCAGAGGGAGUGGUGCGUGUGUGCACGUGAGCGUGUUCUCCUCGAUUUUGGAUUUGGGUGCUUUGGAGUUUGAGGGUGAUUUUGGCAUGAGCUCCCAGAUACUUGUGGCGGGCAGUAAGCUCUUGUCGAGGUCUGGCCACGCCAUUUACUUCUCGAACUUUUCUUUUGGUGCGAACUCGACGCUGCUGCUACUCUGUAACCGCAUCGAGGGAAAUAGUUACGCAGUCUAUUUCGUUCAUACUUUUGUUGUUGAUGGUGGCGGGAUCGUUGCGAAGGGAAACACGCUCAGCAUAACGGAGGAAGAUGACGGUGUGGAGUCCGUCUUUUACAUUUACGCUGUUGAUGUGAAAAAUGGCGGCUACUUUGACGUUGAGAACAACACGAUGAGCGCAGUCAGUGGCAUUUAUUUUUAUGGGGAUGCCGUCGUGAGCUCCGCGGGGCUGCUGAGAGUGGCGGAC